CUUCCCCUCGUUUCUAUCCCAUAGUCCUAUUCCCCCCUCAGCCCGCUCUCUGUUUCUAGCCAGUCUCCGUUGUCUUUGCAGACUCCCAACCGUCAAAAUGUCCGCCUUCACUGAAAUUGCCCAACAAUUCGUCCAAUUUUACUACCAGACCUUCGACGCCGACCGCUCCUCCCUGGCCGGACUCUACCGCGACCACUCCAUGCUCACCUUCGAGACCAGCUCGAUCCAGGGUGUUUCCAGCAUCGUUGAGAAGCUGACCAGCCUCCCCUUCCAGAAGGUCGUCCACAAGGUCAACACCCUCGACGCCCAGCCCUCCAGCCAGGAUGGUAGCAUCCUGGUCAUGGUCACCGGCGCUCUCUUGGUCGACGAGGAGCAAAACCCCAUGAACUACACCCAGAGCUUCAACCUUAUCCCCGAGAACGGCAGCUACUACGUCCAGAACGACAUCUUCCGUCUGAUCUACAACGCAUAAAUGGUUUCACUAUUGUUUUGUUAAGUAUAAAGCGUCGUCGCGCGGUGGGAAGGAAACGCGAAGGAAGGGAGGGGAAAGGGCAUCAGGCCUGCGAACGGUUUAUUUUUCUUCUUCUUUCCUCCGAGAG